UUCCUUCCUUCCUUCCCGUGAGUGGAAAAAAGGCUCUUUCAACUCCUCCUCCUAGGGUUUUCUAUCUUGUAUUCUGAAACUGCAACGAAGCGAGGGACCGGUCGUCUCUUCUCCCGAUCCUUCUUCUCCGAAAUUUCCUUAACUUUCUUUUGUAUUUUCCGUCAUUCUUUCCCGUCUCAUGCUUUUCUGUCUUAAUUUUCUUUCCCCGCAGAUCACAAAAGCAUACCCUAAACCCCCUCUCCACCCUUGUCGUGCCAGUUCUCAAAAAAUUCAAUUUCUUUUCUCCUCUAACGUUUUAUAUUCUCCGGCCGGGAAUUCUGUUUUGAAUCCCCAAUGCAGCUCCAAGAUCCCCCUCAAACGAUUCUGAAUUCCCCCAAAAAUCAAAAUAAACUAAAAUCCUCUGGUUCUAGUUUGACCCAAGAUGGCAGCCACGCGGCUGACGUCAUAUCCACCGUCGUCACCAAUAGAAGCGGUGGUGACAGUGACGAGAAUCUCGAAAACGAGUUGGUUCUCGAUGUAUCGGGUAAAAGCUCGGAGUUUUCGCUGCUUGAUGAUUCGGAUGAGAAUGUUGAGGGCUUGUAUGUGUAUAGGAAUGUGUUCAAUUUGUUGCCGAAAUCUGUGGGCGCCCUUCCGCUGUUGAGGACGUUGAAGUUUUUUGGGAACGAGAUUAAUUUGUUUCCCCCUGAGUUUGGCGAUUUGGUGGGUCUGGAGUGCCUGCAGGUGAAGGUAUCGUCACCGGAGCUGAACGGGUUUGGUCUACGCAGGUUGCAGGGAUUGAAAGAGCUCGAACUGUCAAGAGUCCCGCCUCGCCCUUCAGUUUUUACGAUUUUGAGUGAGAUUUCAGGGCUCAAGUGCCUGAGUAAGCUUGCUGUUUGCCACUUCUCUAUAAGGUACCUUCCUCCAGAAAUUGGCUGCUUAAAUAAUUUGGAGUAUUUGGACCUUUCAUUUAACAAGAUAAAGACUUUGCCAGCUGAGAUAAGUUAUUUGAAGGCAUUGAUAUCUUUGAAAGUUGCCAAUAAUAAAUUGGUGGAAGUACCUUCAAUUUUAUCCUCAUUGCAAAAGUUGGAAAACUUGGACUUCUCAUAUAAUAGGUUGACCUCAUUGGGAGGUCUCGAACUUCAGUUAAUGCGCAGUCUCCAAACUAUAAACCUUCAGUACAAUAAGCUUCUCACUUGUUGUCAAAUACCUUCAUGGAUAUGCUGCAACUUGGACGGAAAUGGCAAAGACUCAUCCAAUGAUGAUUUCAUCAGUUCUUCUGUCGAAAUGGAUGUAUAUGAAACCUCUAAUCAGGAUGAUUGUAGAAGUUCUUGUGAUGGUCCUCUUCACUCGACUUCAAGCCUGUUAACACCACCCUCAUCAAACAGUCAGUACUCUACACACCGUAGGUUCAGUAAACGGUGGAAGCGACAGCAUUAUCUACAACAGCGAGCUCGCCUAGAACGUUUAAACAACAGCAGGAAGUGGAAGGGUGAUGUUCGUAUUGAGGUGUUGACUAUGAAGGCAAGUGAAGAUUGCAAACUAGGAAGUAAGGACGUUGUUAGGACUGAAACUUGUGAAAAACGUGGAUCGGACAUCACAGUUGUGGAGGAUGAUAAACAAGUAAUCUCAGGACCCGGUGAAGGUGAAAAUUUGCUUGUUACUAUUGAGGAUGAUGACAUCAAUUCUAAAGAGGGGUCUUGCGAACUAAUCUCUGGACCCGGUGAAGGUGAAAAUUUGCUUGUUACUAUUGAGGAUGAUGACAUCAGUUCUAAAGAGGAGUCUUGUGAAGUAAUCUCUGGACCCGGUGAAGGUGAAAAUUCACUUGUUACUAUUGAGGAUGAUGACAUCAGUCCUAAAGAGGGGUCUUGUGGGGGUAAUUGCUUGUGUGUUGAGUUUGACUCUGUAAGAGAAGGUGAAUGUUGUGUGCAGGAGUCAUUAUUAGCCUCUAGACAGAAUGAAACGGGUGACGAUGAAGGAUCAUCUUCUGAAUUAUCUAAAUCGACGACAUGCAAGAGGCAUUCUGAUAGGGAUCUUGAUAAUCCAAAACCUUGUAAGUCUCGUAAAUCGACGGAUGAUAGCUUGAGCUCAUCCCGCAAAUACAGCCACAUAUCAUUUUGUGGCAUUGAGGACCGUUUACUGGAUGGCUUUUAUGACGCGGGACGCGACCGACCUUUCAUGGCACUAAGGAGUUAUGAACAAAUUUUGCCCCUCGACUCGCGUGAGGUCAUCCUUUUGGACAGGGGACGGGAUGAGGGAUUGGAUGCAAUUACUCUUUCUGCUCAAGCUUUGGUGUUUCGUUUGAAACAGUUUAAUAGUCUGGGAAAAAUUGGGAAUGAGGUUGCGGUUGACAACCUGCAGAUUGCGUCAUUGCUUGCUCUGUUUGUAUCAGAUCAUUUUGGAGGCAGUGAUAGAAGCUCUAUGGUUGAGAGGUCGCGGAAAGCUGUAUCUGGUUCAAACUACAGCAAACCUUUUGUUUGCACUUGUUCAACUGGGAAUAAAGAAAAUAUCAAUGCAGAAACCAAACAGAUUUUGGACACUGUAGAUGAUAUUAUCUUCUCAGAUCUUUGUGAGAAAUCUUUAUGUAAUAUUAAAGCAAGACGGAAUUCUGUCGUGGUUCCUCUGGGGACUUUGCAGUCUGGGGUGUGUAGACAUAGAGCUCUUCUAUUCAAGUAUCUAUGUGAUAGAAUGGACCCUCCAGUUCCUUGUGAACUUGUUAGGGGUUACCUGGAUUUCUUGCCGCAUGCCUGGAAUACGAUUCUUGUCAAAAGGCGUGAUUCAAUGGUUCGCAUGGUAGUGGAUGCAUGUCAUCCACAUGAUAUAAGAGAAGAAACAGAUCCAGAAUAUUUUAGCAGGUACAUUCCUCUGAGUCGAGCUAAUGUUCCUAUGUCAGGAGAGAGCAUUCCUGGUCCUGGAUGUUCCUUUCCUUCUUUGUCCACAUGUGAUGUAAUUGAAAAGGCAACUUCUAGAUCCCUCCUCCAUUGCAAACUUGGAUCAGUUGAGGCUGCAGUGAAGGUGCAUACUUUAGAGGUUGGUGGGAGUUUGCUGGAUGAAAUCAAGAGCUUUGAGUAUAGCUGUCUAGGUGAAGUAAGAAUAUUAGGUGCUUUGCGACACCCUUACGUAGUAGAGCUUUAUGGACAUAAAAUUUCUUCUAAGUGGGUUCCCUCCACUGAUGGGAAUCCAGAGCGCCGAAUAUUAGAGUCUGCAAUUUUUAUGGAGUUCAUUAAAGGGGGCUCUUUAAAGGGUUAUUUAGAGAAACUCUCAAAAGCUGGUGAGAAGCGCGUGCCCGUGGACUUGGCAUUAUGUAUUGCUCGAGAUGUAGCAUGUGCAUUAAUGGAGCUGCACUCAAAACACAUCAUUCAUCGUGACAUUAAAAGCGAAAACAUAUUGAUUGAUCUGGAUAAGAAAAGAGCUGAUGGAAAACCUUUGGUUAAACUCUGUGAUUUUGACAGAGCUGUGCCUCUUCGAUCUCUAGUGCACACUUGCUGUAUUGCUCAUAGGGGAAUACCUCCUCCUGACAUUUGUGUUGGAACACCACGGUGGAUGGCUCCGGAGGUUUUCCGGACAAUGCAAGAUCGCAACAUAUAUGGUCUGGAAGUAGACAUUUGGUCAUAUGGAUGUUUGCUUUUGGAAUUGCUGACUCUGCAGGUGCCUUAUUUAGGAUUGUCGGACUUACAAAUUCAUGACCACCUUCAGAGGGGCAAACGGCCACAACUAACGAAUGAGCUAGAGGCCUUGGUUUCAAUGAACGAGCCUACAAUGGCUCAAUCUGACGCAGAGGUGGUGGAAACUGAGCCCGAUCAAAAAACGCUGACAUUUCUUGUUGAUUUGUUCCACCAUUGCACAGAGGAAAAUCCAGUUGAUCGUCUAACUGCUGAAGAACUAUAUGAACUCUUACUUGACUUCACAAGCACUUUUGACCGCUCAGAGAGGUCUCAAAAGGUGUAGGCCGGCAUUUAGAAAAAAAAAAAGAAGAAAGAUCUGCCCCUUGGGCAAAAUUUUUGUAGCCAUAGCAUAGUUGGUUGAAUUAUAAUUCCCAUAAGGGUUGUGGCGCUCAAAAUCACAGUACCCUCAUUAUGAUGGAACUGUAUGAUGGCAGCUUUGUUGAUUAUUUGUAACAUAUGUACGUCCAGGGUUAUUUACAAUUUGUCAUAUAAUGUUACUGUAAUCUUACUGAGUUGUAUGUUCUGUAGCUCAAUAAUUUUAUUUUUUCCUCUACAGGCUUUCUACUUGGGUGUAGUUUAUGUAAUUGUGGACAGUGUAAUUUCAGCAGAUUAAAUGAUUUAAUCAUGCUUAUAAAAAAAAAUGAUUUAAUCAUUA